AUGGAUCCGAUGCAAAAAUUAUACGAAGUCUUACCCGGGGGAGACAUCGUCCACCCGCCUCCGUUUCCAAAGCGGCCAGAUCUCUUCAAUCAAGCGCCACUAGCCCCGGUAUUGACCGAAGACGAUGCAUUUCUUGCCCGUCGCUUUUGGCAACAGCCCGAUGAAUCCCUCGGGCGUGCAUGGAAGGCACAUGCCAAUCGACCUUAUACACGAGCAAUCGAAGAAGAAGAAUCGGUAAUUCAUGCGCUCGCUCACAAUGUCUAUGAGCAUUUGAUGAGCAAUCCACUUCUGCCCAUCUCGCGCGAGGAUGCACGAGCCAGAUUCGCAGCCGAGGGCUUGGACGAGACCUAUAACGGCGUGCAGGGACUAGACGCAAUGGAAGAAAAAGUGUUCAUACAUGGCCUGAAUGUCAGAGACCCGGAUCUUUGGACGAAAGAUGCACUCACGGAAGAACUGAGAUCAAGGGGUCUAAGCACAGAUGGAAGAAAAACAGACCUACAAUGUCGUCUAUGGGAAUACGAAUGCGAUGAGCGCUUUGGGUUCUCGAGACAAAGCAACCUAAGUCACUGGGGUAUCCAUCGUGAGUCAAGGCCUGUAAUGAGCCCUGCUACGAGAACAGAUAUGUCUGCACUCGAAAUGUACACCGCAGCAAUCAAACUGAGCCCGUACAAUCCAACUUACUGGAACAGCCGUGCGUAUUGUCAUUAUCUGCUGGGAUAUUUUGAUCUCGCCAUUGGAGACGCCUAUCGCGGAGAACUUCUCUGCGAAGUUUUGACGACAGCAACACAAAGAAACAAGCGCCCCGGAAUGUAUACCCGGGUUUGGGACGCUAUUCAGCACCACCUGAUGAUAGAAUUGAAGAUCAAGGGAGUCCCAAUGACAAGAGAGAUCUUACAAAUGAGGAAGGCAAAUGGUGUCAACUAUUUCAUUCCAACCUUGAGAAAUGCCCUUCACAGCAUUACCAGUCUCAGUCUCGCAGCACUAAAUUGCUGGGAUGACUUCGAAGACCAUAUGCAGAGCCAGUUCGAAAGACCGUUGCCAUACCGCGAUGCGUCGGUCCCCAAAAAGCGGAUGGCAGUGAGUGCUCAUGUGAAAGCAGAGAUCGAACAAAGGCGAGAUAAUCCCUCAGCGCUUCACCCAUCUCUUUAUGGACACGAGUGGAGCAGAGGAUGGAUUUCAGGUGCUGGUAGAUAUCCAUAUGACCAAGCGGAUGUGAGACGCGACUCACCACAUUUUAUCAAUGCACUUAACGCAAAUAUUUUCCAGGUUAAUGCCAGUACCGGGAAGUACCCCAAGCGGAGAUGCCAGGUGCAGUCUACACUCACAGAGGACGAUACUUUCAAUGGAUUGGGAGUCUUUGCCACUGCAAACAUCAAAGCAGGAAGCAUUAUUCAAUACGAGGAACCCGUUAUUCGCGGAAAUCUCAUCCCCAACAGGUUGCUUGAUGAUGAAAGCAAAGACCCUUUCCAUGCCCCACGAUGCGACAACUGUCAAACGGUAAUUGACCAACAAGAGAUUGAACAUCUCGAAGACAGAUGGGACUCCAUUCGUAAUCCGACGCCUGUUCCCGGGUGGGAACACCCGGAUAAUUGCGCGUGUCUUGACAUGGUUUGCAAAUGUACGGAUGUAGGAUAUUUCAGAGCUACAAAGGGCGGUCUGCUGUUCUGUUCUUCCAACGAUGCGUUAUCAGACGGCACGGCUCCCCCUUGCUUGGCCAUUGCGCGGGAAACAUACCAUUUCCAAGAAUUCUGUGGUCUCGAUUGGGGUUGGUUGCAUGAUGCUAUGCGACCUAAUAAAGUGACCUGGGGCGGAUCGCAGUAUUUCACCCACACCAACGAACGCCACGGGACUAUUUUGAGUCUACUCUUGAAGAGCGUACUCGAGCUCACGCUCCACCGCCGCCAAGAGGACCCCAAUCUUCUCGCGCAUGAAAUUAAUGAACUCCUCGUCCUCGAGGCAGGUACCGACACGAACGCGCCGUGGAAAGACAGCUGGUUUCCUUUCACUCUGGCUGGUAAUAUCCAGAUACCUUUCGAUAUCCUGUUCAAUCUUGGAGUGGACAUCUUCUCCGACCUCUCAUUCGAUACUUGGGUUAUUCAGACUGUGCUGCGGAAGUUACUAGUCAAUGCUGUACCCUGGGAACAUGAACGACGAGGUGCGAACCCAACGUUCAAUGACCGGGAUGGCCCCAAGCCGGUGCUACACCCAACCCUACAAUCUAGAAUGAGAGAUAGAAACGAAGACCUUUCGGUUAUGGAACCAUCCUUUGGGAACUUCUACCUCUUCCCUGGAUUAAGCAUGUUCAACCAUUCCUGUCGCCCUUUUGAGAACGCACUGUGGGGAUACGAUGACAAGGUCCCCAACCGUGUAGUCGUCUGGGCAAACAAGGAUAUCAAAGCUGGGGAAGAGAUCAGAAUUCCGUAUCAACGUUAUAGGAUCGCUGAUGCCAUUGGCGAAGACACCGAUCUCAAUAUGCACGCCGUGCAGCUGUUUGGAAAGAAUUGCGAGUGUGGCAGGUGUCAAGGCAGAGGAAUUGUUCCUCCUGUUGAUAAAGGGGAGGCUAAAUCCGUGUCUGGUAGUGAUACUGCCCAGGACAAUGGGACUGUUGAUUGGACACCUGGUCCAGUGACGAUUCCCCCAAAGCAGGAAAUUUGGAGCGGUGUUCUUGGAGAGAACGGUUCUGAGAUUGAUGAAUAUUUGAGCGAGUAUCGGGAUAUUGUGGAUGACAUAUAUGAUAAAUACUAUGACCUCAAUCAACCAGAAUCUGAGAGUGACGAGGAGGAGGACAAGGAAGAGCAUAACGGGGAUGAGGCCAAGGGGGAUAGGAUUGAUAUUGUUGAAGCUGAUACUGUCGAGGCUAAUGAUGGUGAUGACGGUGCUGCUAAUGAUGCCGAGGCUGAUGAUGUUAGGGCUGAUGAUAUCAAGGCCGAGGGUGCGGACGGGAAUAGCCACGGACAUACAGCUAGUAAAUAG